UGGCCAAACGGCGCCUAAUAUUUCAAUGCUCCUUCUCUCAGUACUUAAACCUACGCCCCGGGCCGCCCAGUUUUCCUGCAAUUCAGUCUCACCAUGUCUGAAUCGUCCGACUCUUCCGUCUCUUCCCACUCUGCCAGUCCUGUAUAUGCUCCUUCUUCUCCCGCAUACUCCCCUUCUUCACGUGCUUAUCAUUAUUUUUCUGAUCAUUCUUCUGAUGAACAAUUCAUCGCUAACAGGCGCCGUAAAAUUGAUAAAAAAUCAGAUCGACUUAGCGCCUUGCCCGAUUCUCUCAUCCUUCACAUCCUUUCCUUCCUGCGGAUGAAAUAUGUUAUACGAACUGGAGCUUUGUCCAAAAGGUGGCGCCUUUUGUGGACUUCAGCACAGACCUUAAUUUUCAGGCACUCUGCUCAAUCGAAUCGCGGUGUAAGUGAAUUUGUAAAAUUCAUUAAUGAUACCUUGACUCUCUGCCAGCCUAGUAAAUUGAACAAAUUUUCGGUUGAAUUCAGUUAUAACAAGCGAUAUGUUAAUCAUGUUAAUAAAUGGAUGAUUGUUGCGAAGACUAAGUCUGUUGAGGUACUGGAUUUGUAUUUUAGAACUCGGGGUUUUGAUGAGUCUUACAGUUUACCACAGAUUAUGUAUUCGAACGUGUCUUUUCGUGAAUUGAGUUUGUGUAAUUGUAAUCUUGUACCCAAGGAGGCGAUUAAUUGGCCAGCUCUUAGAGUUUUAGUUAUCAAGUAUGCUAAAUUGAGCUUAGACCUUGUUGACGCGAUCUGUUCUGGAUGUCCUGCUUUGGAAUCUAUCAAGUUUAGUAUGUGUUAUGGAAUUCGUCGUUUUCAUAUUGAUUCUGAAAGUGUGAAGAAGUUGGUUAUCAGUGGAUACUGGCAACCAGAACAAGAAGAUAGUGAUGAAGAUGAUGAUGAUGACAAUGAUCGUAAAGAUCUGUCAAUAUGGGCUAGGAAUGUCACUUCGCUGGAGAUUAGGGGAUGUUUUCAUAAGAAGAUUCCUGUUCUUGAUAAUGUACAAGCUCUAGUCGAUGCGAAGCUAAAUUUCUGUAGGACGACAAAUGAUUAUGAAAAUCGUGAAAGUGGUUUUAGGACUGACCAGAAGAUGUUAAAGGAUCUCCUUGUAUCACUCCAGCAUGUGGAGAAACUCUCCAUUGGGUCAUGGUGUCUUCAGGUCCUUACUGUAUUAGAGGCUACAAACUCGUCAUGCCCGAGGAUGAGAUGCAAAUACUUGAACUUGAGCACUCGUUUGGAGGAAUGGGAGGUUCCUGGAUUAGCAAUCCUUCUACAAAGUUGUCCUCAAGUCGAGAUCUUGAACAUAAGCGGGAAAUCUUAUUACGAAGUGUAUGAUUUGGGGUGGUCUUUCAAGGAGGAUUCUAAUGACUUUAUUGGAGAAAGUUACUGGGUAUCAAGACCUUGUUUGGUGCUGCAUCUCAAGACUUUACGGAUUAAUUGCUCCUGGAUGUGUGAGAAUUAUCACUCUGAGCACAUUAUCUCAUUUAUGGAAGCUGUUCUAAAGAAUGGGAUAGUGCUUGAGAAAAUCAUCCUCAUCUCGUCCGAUGAUGGAAGGUGGUAUUCCUCCACGCAACACCGUAGAAGAGUAACAGAAAAGUUGCUAAGCUUUCCGAGGUCUUCAAAGGAUGCUGUUAUUUUGUUCUCUGGUUGAGAAGUAAAAAGUAAAUUAACUGUAAACGUGCUUCAGAAAUAUAUAUGUUCUCUUUUUCUUUAGGCUCCA